AAACGUCAUUGACUACGUCACACGAGUGAAUGGGCCAAUAUGGCGGCGAGUGUUAGAAUGUAGCUUCGCAACGAGAUGUUUUAUUUAAACUACUGUUGAUUCAAGAAGAUUGUCUUUUAGUUCCAGCUUUCCUUAAGUCGCUUUCUGGAGCAGCAGGAUGUCCGGAAAACUCGGUAACCCUCUGAAGGCCGGCGACCUGGUGUUCGCCAAGAUGAAAGGCUUUCCUCACUGGCCGGCUCGGGUCUGUAAAUCAGAGAACGGCUACAGGAAGCGAGUCCCAGUCUACUUUUUCGGGACCCAUCAGAUAGGCUCCGUCACGCCGGAGAACGUCGCUCCGUACGUCGGGAACAAGCUGAAGUACGGAAGCGGCGUUCGCAUCAAGGGCUUCGCUGAGGGGAUGUGGGAGAUCCAGAACAUGCCCGGCCUCGGCAGCAAACUCAAGGUGAGUUCAAACUCCUUUCUGCUUAAAAUGUAUUUAUUAAGUUUAUUUGAUAGAUGCAGACACACAAUAACACAGACAAACUGAAUACACAAAUCUGGAACAAACUUCCAGAAAAGUGCAGAACAGCUGAAACACUGAAUUCCUUUAAGUCUGGACUAAAAAC